UACGUAACCUUUUCAACGUUAAGGUGUCCUGUAUUAUGUAGUUUUUCAUUUAUUUAAAAUCUGAAUAAAGUACUGCUGUUAGUGGCAAAAUUUUAACUGUUUUAAACUGCACACUCCGAUAUAAGUUCCCCUUAUCCUGGGUUUGACAGCUAGCUUUUACUGCCUCGUGAAUACUUUCUUGUAGUGUUUGUCACUGUCAGAUGAUUCUGUAUCGGAAAGGUUCUGCAUAGGAAGUAAUAGACAAUUUCCGGGCAUAAACUUGCGGAAGUAAAGUAAUUUUCUCGACCUAUUUUCAAUGAGGUAUCAUGGAACCGUCUUUCCCCUACGGUAUGAAAUACAUUGCCGGAAGAUUUUGUUUUUGCCACAACCCAAAGUAAAUGCCAUAACACAGAGAGUAUACUGCUUAAAGCCUACACAACAGCCUAAAGUAUCAGUGGAAACUGAACUAAACCAGUUGCAGAAAUUAACAGAUCUGGGAAGGAGCUGGGGAAGAAAAUCCCUCAGUAAGGCAUCUGCUGUGGUCAACUACUGGUGGGAGAAAUAUGAACAGUUUGUGGGAAUCAAUGAAGUGCGAGAGGCUCAGGGUAAUGUUGCAGAGGCAGAGAAAGAAUUCAUGGUUUCUCGUGGAAUUGUGCGAGAGGCUCGAGAGAACCUAGAAGCUCAACAGCUAAAGUUGAAGGAGAUCCGAGACCGACUUGACAGGGUCUCAAGAGAGGAUAUCCAGUACCUUGAACUGGCUACCUUGGAACACAAACUGCUACAGGAAGAAAGGCGUUGCCGGACAGCCCAUGAAAGUGCUGAAGACUCUGAACGUGAAAAGUUUAGUCUGUUCUCAGCUGCAGUAAGGGAGAGCCAUGAGAAAGAGAGAGCAAGAGCUGAAAGAACCAAGAACUGGUCCAUCAUUGGUUCCGUGUUGGGCGCUGUCAUUGGUGUAUUGGGAUCAACAUAUAUCAACCGUGUCAGGCUGCAAGAGCUUAAGGCAUUACUGCUUGAAGCACAAAAGGGUCCUGCCAACUUACAGGAUGCCAUUAGAGAGCAGGCUGCUAUCCAUCAUUUGCAACAGAAAGAACUUGGUGAUCUUAUCACUCAUCUGAAGAGUAAAGGGGCAGAGACUCCACAGUCAGAAGGUGGUGCUAAGUUGUCUUCAACCUUACAAAUACCAGUACUAAGUGAGCCUUUGGUUGCUGCUGUAAAAGAACAGUUACAAAAUUCAGAACAUACUAAUGCAGCUGUGCAGGGAAUCAAGCAAAAGCUGCAGAUUGUUGAAAGCAGCUUAAGCAGUAUGGGACAAGAAAUUAGAGGUUUGAAGGCUGCAAUUCAAGUCAGGCAGGCUGACACAACAGGAUAUACUUCAUCUUUUGAACAGGAGGAGUCUAAACUUGUCAAGGAAGAUUUCAUUCUGGACUUGGCUGCAGCAGAGCAGCGAUUAAAGGCAAGGAUUAACAGAAAUGCACUAUACACCACUGUGUUAACAUACACUGCAUUUGCAGUGACACUUCCAGUACUCUAUUUCAUAUUCAGAAGUAGUUAGGUGAACAGUAACCCAUGAGAGAGACUUUGCCCACACAUUAAAGUUAAUGCAGUGACAAAAAGUUAUUUUUAUCACACAUUGUUAAAGAUAUGGAACACUAUGGUGCUUCUAAACUGUUGUUCAUAUUUAAACAUUAGAUAUGUAUCUAUAAUAAGACUUAUUUGGUAGUUUGAAAAGUAACAUUGUUUUACUAGCAAGUCUCAAGUAUUCUGCUUACAGCAUACUAUGAAAUUUUUUGCUUAUGGUAUUUUGAACUUUCUGGACUGAUCCUGAGUGAAGCAAAAAUUAAAAUAAAAAUAUAGAAGUUGUGAAA